AUGAAAUUGAAUGUCCUCUUGCUAGGGGCUGCCCUGGCCAGUGCCACCCCUGAUCUUCACCUACGUGCUUUGCCAAAUGCUCCAGAUGGAUAUGCUCCUGCCAAUGUCUCUUGCCCUGCUGUGAAACCUGCAGUGCGCAGUGCAUCCAAGCUAUCCCAGAAUGAAACGGACUGGCUCGAUGCGCGCCGGAAAGAAGUUGUGUCGCCCCUGAAGAAUUUACUCGGUCGCCUGAACCUGACAAACUUCGAUGCAUCGGCUUAUAUUGACCGAGUGUCUGCGAAUACGUCCAAUCUGCCCACCGUCGGGAUUUCCGUGUCCGGCGGUGGAUAUCGCGCCAUGCUAAACGGUGCUGGAGCCCUCAAAGCCUUUGAUAGUCGAACCACUAAUUCGACCGCGUCUGGCCAACUGGGAGGCCUCUUACAGUCUGCCACUUACCUUUCAGCGCUAAGCGGUGGUGGGUGGCUGGUAGGAUCCGUCUUUAUCAACAACUUCACCACCAUCAGCGAUCUUCAGACGAGUGAGAAUACUUGGGACCUAACAAACAACAUUUUAGAGGGUCCGAGCGUGAAACACUUCCAGCUCCUCAACACCGUCGAUUACUGGACUGAAUUAGUCGACACAGUAAAGACUAAGAAAGAGGCGGGCUUUAACACGUCCCUUACCGAUUACUGGGGCCGUGCACUCUCCUACCAGUUUAUCAAUGCCAGCAGCGGGGGCCCCGACUACACUUGGUCAUCGAUUGCCUUGAUGGAGAAUUUCCAACGAGGUCAAACCCCCCUGCCCAUUCUGGUCGCGGAUGGACGAAAUCCCGGUGAAUUAGUUAUUGGUAGUAACUCUACCGUGUACGAGUUCAAUCCCUGGGAAUUUGGCACCUUCGAUCCUGCUAUCUAUAGCUUCGCGCCAUUGGAAUAUCUGGGUUCCGACUUCAAAGGUGGCCAGAUAUCCAGCAAUGGGUCGUGUGUUCGGGGCUUCGAUAAUGCUGGCUAUGUCAUGGGCACCUCGUCUUCUCUCUUCAAUCAAGGGUUAUUACGACUCAAUGGCACAAAGAUUCCCAAGAUUUUCAAGUCGGCUAUCGCCAGUAUCCUCGAAGAUCUGGGCCAGGGCAACGACGAUAUUGCCAAUUACCCUAACCCAUUCUAUGAAUAUACUGGUGCUACGGAGGCAAUCGCUAGGCGGUCCCACUUGAGUGUCGUAGAUGGAGGUGAAGACGGACAAAACAUUCCAUUGCAUCCGUUGAUCCAGCCAGAGCGCCACGUCGACGUCAUCUUCGCCGUUGACUCCACAGCCAAUAUCCAUAGCUGGCCUUCCGGCAAGUCCUUAGUACGCACCUAUGAAAGGAGCCUGAACUCGACUAUCAGCAACGGAACCGUGUUCCCUGCGGUCCCGGAUCCCAAUACCUUCAUCAACCUGGGACUGAACAAACGUCCGACCUUUUUCGGGUGCGAUAGCAAGAACCUGACUGGGCCUGCGCCGCUGAUUGUUUAUCUUCCAAAUGCUCCUUAUACAUUCCUUUCUAAUACGUCUACUUUCGACCUAUCCUACAGCUACGAGGACCGUGAUGCCAUGAUCACGAACGGUUAUAAUGUUGCCACCCGUGGAAAUGGCACGGAGGAUGCCAGCUGGCCGUCGUGUGUGGGGUGUGCCAUUCUUUCGCGUUCUGCUGAACGUACCGGUACUACUCUGCCUGAAGUCUGCUCUCAGUGUUUCAAGAAUUACUGCUGGGAUGGAACUAUAAACAGUACGGAGCCGGCGGAUUAUGAGCCACAGCUCAUGAUUAAGACUAGUCUGGCUCCCAGAAAACUGCCUGGCUACACUGCUGCCAUAUUCCCUUUUGCUCUGGCACUGGCCAUGAUGCUUUAG